AUGGCGAUGGGAAUCUGGAAGCCAAGCAUCAUCCUCGUGAUCAGAGGUGUUCUGCAAAGCAGACACUCCACCUGCAUUGGAUUGAACAGAGUAAACUUUGGGAGCGUGAACGUUGAGCUGGUCCUGGAGUUCGGGGGCAACAACAGCAUCCCAGCCUCACUGAUGGAUGCAGUGGAGUCGGCAAUCCAGCAAAGCCUGACGCAAGUGAACAUGUCCACCCAGACCGGCUCACUCAACCACUUGCUCAUCGACAUCAACUCCAUCCAGUUCACCGAAAUCAACAAGCCACAAGCAGAGACUCUUUUGAAAAAAGUUUCUCUGGAUGGUUCUGCGGCACCAGAUUCCACCGUUGCAACCAGCACGGAUGUCCCAACACAACCCACCUCAGAUUCUGCACUACGAACCACUGGCGUCACAACAGACAAGACUGUUGCCAACAUUAACACCUCCACUGGAACCACAACAGGAUUGGUUUCCACAUGCGUGUACAAGCUGUGUACAACUUCCAUCUCUCUGACGCCUGCUCCUUGCAUCCUUUGUUCAGUUUCUCUUGAUGGUUCUGUGGCACCAGAUUCCACCGUUGCAACCAGCACGGACGUCCCAACACAACCCACCUCAGGCUGUGGUAAUAAAACUACAACUACCAGUAGGAUUGUUGGUGGGACCAACGCAGAAAAUGGCGAGUGGCCGUGGCAGGUUAGCCUGCAGAUCGGGGGGCACGUUUGUGGUGCCUCCAUCAUCUCCGACCGAUGGCUCAUCUCUGCCGCUCACUGCUUUGAAAGACGUAACGACCCAACCCGCUGGCAAGUGUACAUGGGAUCGGUGGAAUUGGGGACAGGCACCAGACGAGACAUCAGACGAAUCAUCGUCCACCCCGAAUAUGCAUUGAACACCCCAAAAGACUAUGAUGUUGCUGUCCUGGAACUGUCCAGCCCACUCAGCCUCUCCAGUGUCAUCUACCCAAUCUGCCUCCCGUCCAGUGAACAAGUGUUCCCCAGCGGCCAGCAGUGCUACAUCACAGGAUGGGGCGCUCUCGCUUACGAAGGUACGGACUACUUUUCAGCAAGAGUGCUCAGAUUACCCGUGGAUUGCCUCAAGGUGGCAAAGGCAGAAUUUGAGCAUAUGUUGAAGCUCAGGAACAUCCGCAGGUCUAGUAGCUGCUGGGCAUCACCUCUUCACAUGGUCCGGAAGAAGUCUCCUAGAGAUUGUCAUCGCGUGACGGAGAACGGCAUCCUGCCCAGUGAAUCAAAGGUGCAGGAGAUCCAAAAUUACCCAGUGCCAAAUUCGUUAAACCAAUUAUGGCGAUUUUUGGUGAUGAUGAAUUUCUACCGCAGCUUUCUACCGAGCGCCCAGAUGCUGCCUGACCCGCUGAGUUACUCCAGCACUCUGUGUAUAACACAGGUAAUACCUUUAUCCAAUGUACUGCUGCACCUCAGUGAUGUGACGACUUUAGUGUUUAAAUUGUUUUUUCCAGGAUACUUAUCCAACAUCCUACAAGAAGCAGAAGUGUCGGUUAUUGAUGACCAAACAUGUAGGAAUGCCUACGGAUCCAUUAUCACUCCGAGAAUGCUGUGUGCUGGUGUAUUAACGGGAGGAGUAGAUUCAUGUCAGGGGGAUUCUGGAGGACCCUUGGCCUGCAGUGACUCGAGAGGAACCUGGUUCCUGGCGGGAAUCGUCAGCUUUGGCGACAUAUGUGCUCGACCCGACUUCCCUGGCGUCUACACGCGUGUGACAGCCGUGAGAGACUGGGUGGAACAACAGACAGGGGUGUGAUCCAGCCCGCACCCCCCCC